AUCGAAAUCACUAAUAAAUUAGACGUGUCUAUUAUAUUAAGGUAGACUCUCCAACCUACAUUACUCAAUUAAAAUUAAAUUCAUAUUUGUAAAACAUUGUAAUAUUAAUUACCUGAAAAUGGUUGUUGAACUGAAGAUGUGUCGAUUUGAAGCCUCACCUUGGGGAUUUCGUUUAGUUGGUGGCUCUGAUUACGAUUAUCCUCUAACAGUAGUUAAGGUAACACCAGAUAGUAUUGCCGAAAAAGCAGGAUUACAAGUUGGUGAUAUAAUAGUUCGAAUAAAUGAUAUUUCGGCUAGCCCUUUAACACAUAACGAAGCUCACGAUGUUAUUUUGCAUUGCGGUAAUACGUUUUUCUUUGGAGUAAAACGUGAAACUGAAGAUCAUCCAAAUUCAGAACAACAACAAAUGUCAGAUGAAUAUGAGCAAAAUGUUGAAGUAACAUUACCAAGCCCAGAAAUUCGACAAAACCCUGAAGAUAAUAGUGUUAGUUUGAGUAUAAAAGUUAAAAGCCCUCAAUUGCAAAAGCAAAAUGCAAUCGAUGAAGAAGAGCGGCUCGAACAAGAAAUUGCUGAAAUUCUUUCAGAAGAAAAAGAAGUUUUAAAAGAGCAUAAUGUUGUUGGAGUUAAUUUCUACAGAAUAUUUCCAAAACCGGGAGUAUGUAUGUCUAGCAAAGUUUUGCGCCAACUUAAUGAAGAUGCUACUAAAACUAGAGAAGAAAUAUUGAAAGAACAACGUCGCUGGACUACAUUUUUACAAAAGCCCAACAGACCAGUUCUAAAAUCCAAAGCUGAACUUGAAGCCGAACAAAUUAAACAAGAACAUCCUUAUAAAGUUGUUAUUCAAAAACAACCAAAACCAAAAGUAGCACCAGAUCGUGUUCCGACGCCACCAUGGAGAGAGCCAAGUCCUGAACCCGAACCAGAACCCAAACCUGAAUCUCCUGUUGAAGAAGUCCCUAUAGCCGAUUCUGAAGUUCCUGAUUUGAUGCCCCUUAAUAAUAAUUGUGAUGAAAAUUCUGAUGAAUCUACAACUGCUACAAAUGAUGAGCAACAAGAAAACAAACAAGAAGAAAAUGCAGAUGACACUAAAUUAAAUGAGGAAAUAAAUAAAGAAGACAAAGAAGAAGCAGAAAUAGAAAAAACUGAAGAAGAAAUAUUGUUAGAAAAGCAAUUAGCUGAAGUUCAGCAACAAUUGCAAGCUCUUUCUAAUCUACCAAAUACAAUUCAAGCAACACUGGACGCUGUAACGAAACAAUUAGCGGAACUGUUACCUUCAAUCAAUUCAAUUAAAAAGCAUUCACCAGUUGAUAUUAGUCAAGUACCAGACAAAAUUGAAAAGGUUCAUCUUGAAGACCAAAUUAAAUUGGAUUUAAAGCCAAUUGAAGAAGAACAAGAAGAACAACUUGUUAAUGAACAACCUUCAGAAUAUGAACCCAAUGAAAGUUUACCAUCUAUUGAAAAUGAACAACAAAAUAAAGAAGAAGAGAAUAAAAUUGAAGAAACACAAACAGAAAGUAAACCAUCAUCCGAUGUUAUUGAUUAUAAGAAUAUUAAGGAAAGGGAAGAAAAUGAAGCUGAAUUGGAAAACAUUAAAUGGGAUACCGAACAACAGAAAGCUAAAAAAGAAGAACAAUUUGUUAAAAAACAAAAGGAAAAUAGCUUAAUUGAAGAGCUGCAACAACGUAUUUCUAAUAUGGAUCAUAUUGAUGGUGGUGGUGUUAAAAAGAAACGUUCAAGAUUAUUUGGACCAUUAGUACCAUCAACUAGACCUUUAAUAUUACCGGGUGGCCGUAAAUGGCGCACUCCAAAAGAUGCUUUUAAUGAAGAAUUUAUUGCUGGAGUACUUAGUUCACAAGCUGAAUUGAUAUCAGGCAAUGCAAUAGGACCAACAUACGAAAGUCCACUGUUGGGCUAUGAUGAAAGAGUAAACUUCAUGAAAUAUCAAAAACCUGAAAAGAAAGUUGACUUGGACAAAAGUGAAGUUUUUAAAGUUCUUCACAAUUUGGACAAAAAACCAAAACAUGGUAUUGAAGUGAGACCACCAAUUGUACCAGCUGAAGAAGAUAUCAGAAAUGUUGCUGCAUCAUGUGGUUAGUUCAUCAAAUUUGAAAGAUUCAUUUUCGAGAUUUCAUCAUAUUUUAUCACACACCGUAGAAAUGGUUUUUUUUAUUUAUCUACUUAUACAUUUUGUUUUAAAAUUUUCCAAACAUGUAUUGUAUACAAUCGAUUCAUAUAAUAAUAAUAAUCGAUUAUUAAAAUUUUUAUGGAUUUUGUAUAUUGUACUCUUUUCUUCUUAUACAAUAAGAUUUAUAAAGAUCAAAUUAUAUAAAAUACAAAAAGUGUUCAAUUAUACAUGCAAAUUUUAUUAAAUAAAGUUUUUCGUACCGAAA